AUGAAGCUCCAGAAGAACACCUUGGUAGCUCUUGCUGUCGUCUUGGGCACUGCUACACCCUCGGUGGUUGCGGCUCCCUCGUGGCCUCGGCCGCACCAAGGUGGUUUCAAGGGUCUGUGUUUCCCUCCUUGGUUUGUAGGCGGAUGUCCUAAGAGCGCGGCCGUGUCCGCGACAACGACUCCUGCUUCGACUCCGGUUGUAUCUCCUACCACUGUGGACGUCCCCACAACUGUGGACGUCCCCACGACUGUCGACACUGCUACCGCUGUUGACACCGGUACCCCGCCGGUCGACAGUGCUACUACCCCCGUUGACUCGCCGUCUCCGACCGACUCCGCCCAGCCCACUACCACUCCUACUGCCACACCCACGUCCGUGGACCCCGUAGUUACUAGUAGCAUUGCCCCGUCAAACGACACUACUACCACUGUCGAACCCAGUUCGUCAGACGCACCCAACGCCACAGUCACCUCAGAUGUGCCUACCGCAAGCAAAGCUUCCACUACAAUCGCAGCCAUCGCCGGUACCGCCAGCCAGUCUGGCGAGUACCUGUACGUAUGGGCUGGAGCCGACGGCCGCAAGGUAUCCGACCGCCUUGUCACCCUAGACUACAACCGUAACAGCAGGACGUAUGGUAGCAUGGUCUCAUACACCAUGCUUCCCGCUGGUAACGACCUUGGCAACGAACCUCACCACUGUGGCAUGUCGUCCGAUGGCAAGACCCUGCUCUGCGGUGGUCUCCUUUCUUUGCUCAACAGCCAGCAAUCUAUCUUCCGCUACGACCUCUCGAAUCCGGCGAUGCCGACUCUCGUCGGCAUGACCAGUGGAAAGCUCGGUGGUGUCCCCGAUGAGUUUUACGCUCUCGGCGACAACAGUUUCCUCCUUACUGAGAUGGGAUCGGCGGCUGGUGGCUCGCCCGGUCGUGUGGCCCAUCUGGACAACCAGGGCAACGUCAUUGCUGAAUAUCCCGAGGGUGACACACCUGACGGGUUCAACCCGCACGGUCUCGACAUUCGUGACGACCUCAACCUCAUGAUCACUUGCGACUAUGUCGACCCUGGCAGCACACUCAACUCUUCUCCCGGGGGCGUCAUUCUCCGUUCGUCCGUUCGCGUGUGGGACUAUAACGCCAAGACAAUCUCCAGCACCAUUGACCUCACCUCUGGUACUGGGUCCAUGGACUGCAAGUUGAUGAAGAAGGACGCCAAGGGUCGCGGCUUUGUCGGCGGCAGUGGCAACGGCCAGAUCUUCAUGUUUGACCCGUCCACCGGCAACGCCACGCAGGUCAUCAACAUGAACAAUGACAUUCUCCCGGACAGCCUCAAGAGCGUGUACACCAUCCUUGCGCAGUACAUGCAAGUCAGCGACGACGACAGGCGCAUGUACGUCCCUUACAUCUCCGACUUUGCCUCGAACAACCGCAACGCUUUCUACUCUGGUCUCGCCACGUACGACAUUACCAACCCACUCAAGCCCGUUUUGCUUCAGAACAAGGCUUUCCCCGCUUACGCCGGCCCCCACCUCUGCCACAUCAUCGCCGGCCGUCUGGUCAUCACCGACUACUUCCUUGACGAAGACGACUUUGGCAGGAUCCACUUCAACGGCGACCACUUUAUCCGUGUCUUCAACCUCGACUCGAACGGCCUUCCCGUCGAGAGCGGCAAGGGUGUCGACUCGAACAACCUGUUCCCCGAUCUUGAUCUCCGUCCUCACGGCGUGGCCUACCACAAGGGUUAA